AUCCUCCUGCUCAGCUGCCCAGGAAAUUUCUGCAGAUAUUACACAUUUGCUCCGCACAAGAACUGGAUCCUGGAAGAGAUCAAAGGUGAAAUUUGAGAAUGAAAAUGAGAAUGAGAUUGAGAAUGAUAACGAGAAUGUUGACGUUAUUGAUGGGCUUGACACACUUGCCAACCUUGCAAUUCUAGGGGAAGGCGAGCCACUCCCUUCUUCCUCCCAGCCAACAACAAAGCAUCCACGCCAUAGACCUGGAUGCACCUGCAUUGUUUGCAUCCAGCCUCCGAGUGGCAAAGGCCCAAAGCAUAAGCAGACUUGCACAUGUAAUGUGUGCAUCACUGUUAAGCGUCGGUUUAGAACACUGAUGCUCCGACGUGAAAAGCGAAAGUCGGAAAUAGAAGCUGAGAUAUCACGACCACCAAAUUUUCCCAUCCAUCAGCUUGAAGGUGUGAGCAGCUCCCCUCAGAUGCCAGUGGAAAAUGAUGUUGUGGCUGAUAUUGAAUCUGAGAGAAGGCGAACCGUGCCAUCUCCUAUAAAGACACAGAUUGACCUUAACAUCCAGCCUGAGCGGGAGGAAGAACCAUCACCAGCUGCUAAUUCUGUCAGCACAAUGAAUAUUUUUCAGGAUUCUGUUGAGUAGAACCCUGCCUGAUAACUAGUAUUUUUCUUUAUAACGUGAUAUCUAAUGAUGUCAAUACAUUUAAACUUCAGCAAAAGAAAACCAAGCUGGCGAUCAAAAUCUAUCCUGGCGAGAUGAUGGCAUCCUCACAAUUUGAAUUGUUUGAGGCAGAGCAGCCCAAGCAUGUAAAUUUAUGUACAACACGGAGAAAAGCUGAACUCGCACAAUCCAGGGGAUGCCAAUGGCAACACACAUCAAAAAAAGCAAGUUACAUAGAAAUUCCUGCUAUAAUGUACGAAUCUUUAAAAAAAAUCAUUUGUGCACCCAAUGGUGUGGAUUUUGUAAAUUCAAAAGCCAGAUUACAGUUUAUAGCAUUUUGAUAGCUUCUUUUUUUGAAGUUCCUUUUCAUGACUGGAUAGCAUGAUUUAUGUACAACUUGACAGGCUUCCUGCUGUUGGAUGCUAUGAGAGCAGGACCAUAUCACUUAAAACGCACAAAAUUUAUUACAUUAUUUAGU